AAGACCGGUAAGGCCCACGCAGAAGAAACACUGAGGAAAGAAGACACUUCCAAAGUAACAAAUGGGAGGAAGCAGCCAACGCCCGAGGACAACAUGGCAAGAAGGAGCCUUUGGAUUCCGGACUGGGAUGGAAAGAGAGUUGAUUGAAUCCCGGAAUUUGGAAACCCCAGAUACGGAGGGCGGACGGUACAACCGGAGCUGUCAGGUGGAUUUCCAAGGCUUUGCAUUGGCUGUACCUGAAACUUAUGGUGGCCUAGACUCCCCAGUAUCCACUCUUCCUUAUCUUGAAUCUUGCUCUGUCACCCAGGCUGGAUUGCAAUGGUGCAAUCUCAAGCUCGCUGCAACCUCUGUGCAGGUUCAAGUGGAGAAUCUGAAUCUUGAUGAUAUAAUUGGAACUCUUCAGCCAAGCCAUAUCUAACAGAACUAUCUUCAACUUUUCAGACUUCACAGGGUUCCUUCUCCAGCUGAGCUCCAAGUGGAGCUUUGAGAGAAAAACAGAAGGGUGAUGGCUAGAAGACUCAGGCUUCCAAAGUAUUCCUCUCCUGAGUAUCAGCUACCAGGUGAAUUUCACAAUGAGGAUGACAACUUGGAAGGGGCAAGAGUCACGUGCCUGAGGGGAAAGGUCACCAGGGUGCAAUCUCUGUUAAUCCUUCUCUAUACCCAGCUUCCCGCUGCGGCCUGUACAGAAACAAGCACGCAGGCACUUAAGAGGACAGUGGUUUCACCGUGUCCCUCCCGGCGGCGCUCCCCACCUUUCCUUCCUCCCCAUACGCCCCUCCCAGGCUGCAGGCUUAGCAGCCGACUUCCGCUGAUCCCGGCUGGAGGGAGCCUGGAAUCCAAUUACUCUUCCCUAGGGAGCGCAAUCCACCCGUCUGGCCGCAAAGAGCGGAGCCGGGGUCCGAGAGCCGCACAGGCCGGCCCUGCUCCGCCCGCCCCCACUUCCCGCCACCCCUGCCUCGGGCUCGGCAGCCCGGGCGGGGCGAGCAGAGCCGCGAAGAGGUGCGCGGCACUGCCGCCGGAACUAUUUGUCCUUCCGCGCGCGGCCCGGCCCGGCGGGGCGAGAGGUUCGCGGCGCUACAUCCCUGGCGCCGACGUCGUCCGGGCUGAGUGGCAGGAGAUUAGCCAAGGGCUUCCCCCGCCGCGCGUCCGGGCCAAUCGGCUCCGCGGGCGGUGCUCCAGGGACGCGCACACGCACUUUCCAGAAUCCACGCCUCCCAGCAACAGCCUCCAGCACCGCGACGCUGCCCUUCCGGCCCGCUUUCUCCGUCCGGCCUGCUACGGCUGCGGGCUUGGACCCUGGCCUCUAGUCUGCUGCGUGCUGCUCCCUAAAGUGACAGGGAAACGGGGCAAGAGGUCCAACGGUUCCGUAGGAGAAAAGAGUAUCUGUGGCUCUCCCACCGUCCCGGCUUCCCUAACGGAGUAGGGAGUGAAGCUCUGGAGAUGGAUCUUUGGGAGGAAAAAACUGGACCUCUCUUCGGGUUCUUUAGAGUUUAGGUGGAGAACUCUUUCAGUACCAUUGAGUGUUCUCUAGUAAGAGGAUCUUACACUGUUGGGUUUCUCACUUGCUUUAAAAUUGUGGCCAGAGUACUUCAUAAAUCCUUUCCUUUCUGCACCUGGGGGAAGGAAAAAAAAUGCAACACUCUCUUUACACAUUGUCAGACUUUCGAGGCCGCAACGCAACUGACAUACAUGCUAGAAGGAGAAAGUGCUAUAUUAUGCCUUGUGUCCUCUUUUGAAUCACAUUCUCCUGAGAUGUGGCUGACCCUUAGGCCCAUGGUGUUCCUGAAUGUGAUUGACAUGCGUAGUUAGCAAGCUAGUGAGAGAGAACCAGGAAAAUUGCUAUCAAAACAAUUACAUACAGGGACAUCAGAACAAAGGCUUGAGACCACUGGGGAAUGAGGGACCAUCCCAGUUUUGCCACGGAUGCCUUCGGGGAUGGUGGCCAAGUCAGAUCUUUGUGUCUUGUUUCUUCGUAGCAGAUUAAAUAGAACUAUCUUCACCACACUCACUAUUUCAAAGUGUGUUGUAAAAAUAAACUUAAGG